GCGCAGGAUGUUAGGGUAUCGAUGAAAGACGUGGCCGGAAGCAGCAUAGACCACACCUCGAUAGCAAGAUAUGAAGUGAAUUCGUCCAAAGCAUCACCCUCAUCCGGGACAUCCGAUACUACGGCCUUGGCCAUCAAACGCCUAGCCAGGGAAUCUUUGAAGCUCGAGAACUGUGAUGAAUUUGGGAUGUCCAUCGUCUUCGAACGUUUGCUUUGAAACUUUCAACGUUGCUUCGAGCCAUGCUUGCAGACGUCGGUACCGACCCUGCGCCAUGUGGUAUUGCCAUACACGGAAGGCAUAGUGGUUUGCGGGUGUAUUCUUGCAACGAUAUCCCCAUGGUGUAUCACAUGGCUGAUAUUCAAAGCGAUAGCGACGACCAUAUGGGACCUGCUUCUGCAAUAUACAUCUAUUAUAAGAGCUUGGCUUCGCUCCUGGCUGUACUUUCCUUGACGGCCAAGACUACCUACGCUUGGGGAGCUCUUGGCCAUCAGACAAUUGGUUUUGUCGCACAACAGUUUCUCGCUCCGAAGGCGCUGUCUUUCGUAGAAACGACUCUUGGCUCACAGUAUAAUUUCUCUUUAGGGCCUGCUGCUACGUGGGCGGACGAAGUGAGAUCUGAGGCAGCAUUCAAGUGGUCCGCCCCACUGCACUUCGUAGAUGCUGAAGAUAACCCACCCAACUCUUGUUCGGUGAACGAGAAGCGUGAUUGUGGCGACAAUGACUGCAUCUUGGGUGCAAUUGCCAACUAUACUACUCGCGUUGUGAGCAAGUCGCUGGACGCUGAGCAAAUACAGGAAGCAUUGAAGUUCAUAGGUCAUCUUUUCAAGUUUGUUGGCGACAUUGGUCAACCGCUCCAUGUUGAGGCCCUAGAAGUGGGAGGUAAUGACAUCUCUGCUAUCUGUUCCGGAUCCAGAACCAACCUGCAUGCUGCUUGGGAUACUGGUAUUGUCACCAAACAUGUCAGCACCAGUCAUGGAGGUACAGCGCAGUCGUAUGCUACCGACCUCGUCAAUGAAAUAAAGACUGGCUCUUUCAAAUCACUCGCAUCUUCUUGGCUCAGCUGUUCUUCCACCACCGAACCUGUGUCAUCAAAGCGAUCGUUGGAUAGCGACUUGAACAAAUUCCUCGCUCGGGCAGCAGAGGCAAUCACGCCCCUUGAGUGUCCCCUUGUUUGGGCCAGCGAAUCCAAUGCUUUCGAUUGUUCCGUUGUUUUCAGCUUCACUACGGGGCAAGACUUGUGCACCGGCGCCUACUUCAAUAAUGCUAUCCCUGUGAUUGACUUGCAGAUCGCAAAGCAAGGCUUCCGUCUCGCUGCUUGGCUCAAUAUCUUGUUUGACGGUGCCACAAAUCUGCCCUAAUCUAUGAUUACACUUGUACAAAUGUUACAAGAUCCUAGAAAAAUACAUUGAGCAACGUGCU